UCUGCAACGCUUUGCGCUUCUAUUAUAGGCUUUCUCCACCCUCCUAUCCGACAUAUCUUUACCAUAUUUGACGACUGGAUUCUCGAUCGCAUAUUUACGCAAUUGGCUUCGAUUCUUGUUUUACCUGCAUUGCAGAAGAAAGAUAUUCAACCUGUCGAAUAUUUAAUUUCGCAACGGUACGCGGUCGCAUCUCGAGCCUCGCACGUAUAGUCUUAUUUGCAGACGGCACGGCCUUAUCUGUGGUAGCAUUUAUACUUACUAAAGACCUUAUUUAGCGGCCUGUCGACCCUUUCAACCAACCUUCGCCCAACCUUUCAACACAUUUUCCCAUCGUCCUCGAACCCCCCCAACUCUAGUCGCUCCUUUGUAGAAGAUACCAAUCCCACCUGGAUUCCCGCCAAGCUAUCGGUCACGAUUCUUGGCAUUUCAACGAAUCAGACCAAACAAACCACUUAUUAGACUUGUUGUCUUCGCAAUCUUCCAGGGCACAGCCACACUUCCGUGACGGGCGAUCCAUAAGGCCCACGAUUUGCUUCCACCCGCAUUUCGCUUCACAUCGCAUGUCCGAGUGGCCAAUCCUGACUUACCAGGUUUCAAUUGUUAAUUGAACUUCCCGAGCGUGAAGCUUUCCUCCUUCCUUAUGCCCUCGUACGGCUCUCUUCACUCCCCUUCGUUGCGCAAAAUGGAACACUCCCGGGCGAGUUAUGGCCGUAGAGGCCUAAAUAUGUCUAAUAUCAUCGGUGAUCCUUUCGCUCUUGCUACCGUUUCCAUCGCAGGGCUUGCAUGGGUGAUUUCAUUCAUCGGUUCUAUCAUUGCUCGGGUACAAGAGACUCGCAAGGACCCCUUUCCGCCAUAUUCCUGGUUUGCGCUGGUCUUCAUGUUACCAUUGAUAAUCGGAAUAACAAUUGUGGUUGCAUCCGAUUGUAUUCAGACUUACCAUGUCGCCCUUGUCGGUUACUUGGCCUGUGGUCUCAUCGCCACAACCUCAUCGGUCAACGCUCUCGUCUAUGAUGCCAAUGCCGCUAGGGAGGCUGCUGCUGCCGGCUUUAUUCUGUUAUCCAUGGUCAACAUCGUGUGGAUAUUCUAUUUUGGUUCUGCGCCAUCUGCGGUGCCAAGAGCAUACAUUGACUCCUUCGCUCUGGCCAAGGAAUCAACCAACAACCGCCAAACCAUGAAUGGAGGAUAUCGUCCUGAGACGUCCACCUCCGUUCAACCGCCUCAGAUGUACACUUCCGCCCAGCUUAAUGGAUUCGAAAACCCAUCACCCGUAGGAGGUUUUAAUGGUAACGCUCCACGCAACUCCGGUGCUGCUCCCGGAUUCCCCGGUGCUCCCAAGGCACCGUCGCCAGCAGCUCAAAACGAGGCCGAAAUCGCUGCCCCCACCGAAUAUCCAUAUCGGGCGAAGGCUAUUUACAGCUACGAAGCCAACCCAGAUGAUGCGAACGAAAUAUCAUUUUCCAAGCAUGAAAUACUAGAAGUCAGCGAUGUAAGCGGACGAUGGUGGCAGGCACGAAAAGAAAGCGGCGAGACGGGAAUAGCACCGAGCAACUACCUCAUAUUAUUAUGAGGCGAUUCCUAAGCUAGGGGGCUCCUUGCUAUGGAUUCGAUCGGCUUUGAGACGAUACGUUGAAUUGCUUUGUCCAGGUGGUCACCGGAGACAAUAGCGUGAGUAAUCUGUAUUUGAACGGGUU